AUGUCAAAAUUCGAAUCUUAUCUUGUGGACAAUUGGGUUGUGGUGGUUGUGGAUUUGAGGUGGAGAUGUUGUGGUGUGAUGGAGGUGGAGUCGUCGAAGGUGGCGCUGGCGUUGGGUAGGUGUUGUUUUUCGAAAAAUCCAAAAAUCAUAACUUCAAGAAGACCUCCAUUAUUGUCUUCCGAAAAAGAUGCUUGUAAUGGGGUUUCAAACAAUCCUAGAAGGCCUAAAUCAAGAAUUGUUUCUUCAAGAUACAUGUCCCCUUCGACUUCCACGUCCACUUUACAUGCCUCAUCAGUUUUCUCAUCUUCUGGAGGGUAUCCAUCUCCUUUAGUUUCAAGAAACUUGAUCCUAGUAUCAAAGAUUCCUUUUUAUGUUUUAGGUGGGAACUAUAGCGUUAGCCGCUGGUAG